AGUUCCUAACUGAUUUGCCUAGUUAAAUAAAAAUAUAGGACACGUGACAUCCCAGCAACUUCGAGAAAAAACACUUCAUAUCGGAGAUGGCUAUGCAUAUUCAUGCCAUGAGGCUAGUAGCAUAGCAUCGCUCUUCAUUGAAUGCAUGCGGUUGACGUCCAAAACCCUAAUCAAAUAUUCAAAAAGAGAUUACAUGAAUGAAAUGUAUCCACCAAUCCAAAGAAAGGCGGGAACUAGAUAGCCAACUGGGCUACCUUGUGGACAAAGAUUCCCAUUGUUAGAGCGAAGAGACCUUGUCUGUAUAUCCAUAAUCUUUCCCCCACAGUCAUUGCAUCCAAACAGCGCAGUGGUUUCAACCGGCUUCCGUAAAAUUGCUGAUACGUCAACAGCCAAGAUGGCGGACUGGAAUCGAGGACAAGGUGCUGUUGACGAUAUGUUGGACACGGAAAACAAGCUUCUGGCUGACAAUUUGGCGUCCAAAGUUUCCAGAUUGAAAUCGCUUGCCUACGACAUUGACAAAGAAGCUGAAGACCAAAAUUCCUAUUUGGAAGGCAUGGAUUCCAAUUUUCUGAGUGCUACAGGACUGUUGACUGGCAGUGUGAAGAGGUUCUCUGGCAUGGUGCGAUCUGGAAGAGACAAUCGCAAAAUCCUCUGCUAUGUCUCAGUAGGACUGGUCUUCGUCUUCUUCCUGCUCUACUAUCUCAUCUACAGGGUCCAGAACUGAAGAGCUUUAACAAUAAUGGAACUUUAUAGUGUGGCUGGCUACUUUCUUCUCAGUUAUACCAAGAAAGACAAAAUAUAAACUUUUAUUGUGAAGGUUUUGGAUAGGAAAUCAUCUCCCCCUUCCAAUUCUCUAAUAAUGUCUUCUGCUCGAAAUGAGAAAUACAGUAUGUGCAGAUGUGUAUAUAAUUUGUCUCAGUUUUAUGAGAACUGUCAUUGUAUAUACAUUAUCUAAGACCCCAGUCAUGUAAAACUGAAUGUUGCCCCCCCCCCCCAAAAAAAAACAACAACUCAUCUUUACCAGGAUGCAGUAGUCCUUUAUUUACAUUGAUAAAUAGCCCUAUAGAUUAUUGGCAAAGAAUGCCCCAGUGCCCUUUUCACAUUACUGAGCCAAAACAUGCAGUACUGACCAUAGGUGUACAAUAAGAGAUUGUACUCGGUUUUGGCUUAUUCUUGUGUUUUGUAAUAGUAGUUUGAAGACAUGCUCCGGUACUUUGGCUAUUUAGUAAGUCUUUUUUAAGACCUCCUGCUUUGGGCAGGAUGUGUCAUUGUGUAGUUCACACAUGCAUAAUCUAUGAGCAGAAUUUCUGUCUUACCUCAAUUAGCCAUGAAAUCCCUAGUUUGAAAGCAACUUUUUUUUCUGGAAACUGACGUCGUACGCAAUUUUCCGUGAGCGCUACUUUCAGAACUACGGGCUAAAAAGUAUACAAAAGUACUGUAGAAUCUCUAAGACAUUGCCUAAACUUUAACAAUCUCUUAUUCUGUGAUACUAAGUUGUCAAUACCCAAUGACUUUCAAUUAUGCUUCAGAAAAACAAGAACAGACUUAUCUAAUUUACAAACCAAGUAACUGUGUCUGGGUUUCAGAUUUAGUGCUUUAGCAUUGGACUAAUUUCUACAACCGUGUGAGUAAUAAUAUACAUAUUUUCAGCACCUGGCAUGUAAUUGACCGUUCUUGCAUUUCCAAAACAACUACAUAACAUGGUCAUUUUUUUCCAGUGAGUUGUAUAAAUCCUUGUAAUGUAUGUGUAAUAAACAUUUUGAUACUA